CCAUCAUUUGCAUAACGCAUCAAAUCUACAAAAUAUUAGGGUUUUUCAGUUCAUCAGUGUUAAUUUGUUGAGAUAAAUUUAUACUUUGAGUUCGAGUUUGAUCAGUAUGGCUGACAUUGAGCACAAGAGCCAUGAGCAUGAGACUCCAGCCGUUGUUGAGAGCAGUGCAGCAGUUGAGAGUACGGAUCGUGGGUUGUUCGAUUUCAUGGGGAAGAAAGAGGAAGCGAAGCCUCAAGAGGAGGUGAUCGCCGCUGAAUUUGAACAGAAAGUUCAGGUUUCUGAACCUCCUAAAGAAGAGGAGGAGGAGAAGAAACCUACUCUCUUGGAGCAGAUUCAUCACCACCGUUCCAAGAGCAGCUCCAGUAGUUCUUCCAGCGACGAGGAGGAGGAAGUAGAGGGAGAGGAGAAGAAAAAGAAAAAGAAGGAGAAGAAGGGAUUGAAAGAGAAGAUCACGGAGAAGUUAUCAGGAGGAGAAGAGAAGAAGCACGAUGAGACUACAGUAGUACCGGUAGUCCAUGUCUCCGAUGAUCAGCACACACCUGAAGCAGCAGUCCACGGCGCAGAGGCAACAACACCGCAGCCUGAGGAAAAGAAAGGUUUUCUUGAGAAAAUAAAGGACAAGCUCCCUGGACAUAACAAAAAAACUGAAGAUCAUGUUGUUGCGGCACCACCACCACCGCCACCUACGGUGGAGGCCACUUCUACAGAAGAAGUACACGACGGAGAGGCUAAGGAGAAGAAGGGAAUUUUGGAGAAGAUCAAAGAGAAGCUUCCUGGGUACCAUCCAAAAACAGAGGAAGAGAAGGAGAAAGAAAAGGAGAGUCAUUAAACAAAAAGCAUGCAGUGAUAUUUGUGUUUGAUGGUGAUCAUAAAAAACUAUGUGUGGGCUUCCUAAUUUCAUUAUGAUCAUCAUUUUUCUUUGGUUUUUGUUUGUUCAUUUUGAUCAUAUUCUGCUUGUUUAAUAAUUAAGUUUGUUUAGAGUCUAUAUUUCCAGAAAAUAUAAUUUUAUUUCAUUUGUUUUUCA